GUUAUUGUAGCGUUAGAGUUGCUCCUUUAAAGCCUUAUUUUGUUCAGCUCAAAAACACUGCCUUAUUUAUUCACCAAAGCAGUAUCUCUUGUAUUUCAGUAUAGACUGAAUUGUGACAACAACAACAAAAAAAAAGUCUACUUUGUUUCUUUUUGUUUUUUCUUUUAAAUAAAACUUGUUUGUUUGUUUUUUUAACAAUAAUACCUGGAAUAUAUGUUACAUUCACGUCUUAAAUGCUGGACACGCGAAUUGAAGAUUUAUAUUGUCCUCCCUGUUGUGAACUAAACGAGAACAUACAAGCCAAGGAACUGUUCGAAACUCGAUACAAAAUAGGUCCCCUCUUAGGGAGAGGCGGGUUUGGAUCGGUCUACGCGGGGCAGCGACUGUCUGAUGGCUUGCAGGUCGCAGUGAAACACGUUGCAAAGGACAAGGUACAGAAAUUGAUUCGGCUGCCCGGCGAGCCCCGGCGCUUGCCGGUGGAGAUCGCUCUCCUGCAGCGGCUGUGGAGCGGCGGCGCCCCUCGCGGGAUCAUCCGAAUGCUCGAGUGGUUUGAAACGGCCAACGGUUUCGCGCUGGUGCUCGAGCGGCCGCAGCCGUGCCGGGACCUCUUCGACUUCAUCUCAGAGCGGGGCUGCCUGGAGGAGCCGCUGGCUCGGCGGUUCCUGCGUCAGGUGACAGAGGCUCUGCUUUACUGCCAGUCCCUGGGAAUCGUGCACCGCGACGUCAAGGACGAGAACAUCCUCGUGGACACCCGUAAAGGGGAGACCAAGCUGAUCGACUUUGGCUCCGGAGCGCUGAUCCAAGAGAGCUCAUUCGCUGAAUUUGAAGGGACUCGAGUGUACAGCCCUCCUGAGUGGAUUCUUCACGGUCGCUACCACGCUCGUCCCCUCACAGUCUGGUCUCUGGGGGUACUGCUGUUCGACAUGGUGUGUGGCGACAUCCCCUUUGAGGGGGACAUGGAGAUCGCCCGGGCCCAGCUUCGCUUCACCAAGCAGGUCUCCCCGGAAUGCCAGUCUCUGAUUGGCUGGUGCAUGGCCUUCAGACCAGAAGAUCGACCCACCAUGGAAGAGAUUCUGCUUCACCCAUGGAUGACUGCUUCAAGCACAGCAAAUGAACAAUACGAUCCAAUCCUGGGGGUGUGCAGAACCAACAACUCAUAAAACGAGAGAGGAGGGAGGAGGGAGGGAAAGAAGACUAGCUUUCCUAAAUUCUAUAUUCAUUUAAAGACCAUAACAAACUCCCAUCAAAAGUCUACGUAGCUUAACCCCCCCCCCCCCCCACACACACACACACACACACACACACUGAUUUGAUGCUUUAAUCCCAUUAACUUCUAAUUUUUGUAUUUAUUUAUUUAUUUAUUUAUUUAGGUCAUAAUUUAGUUUUUUUUUUUUUCUUUUGCAAGUCUAGACGUCUCCUCCCCACCCUCCUUCGCUCCCGCCUUCAAAGUCGGAAAAUGAAAUCUGCUUUUAAUUUAUUUGGAAACUCUCUCCUCGUUGUCGAGUUUUACGUUUAGUUUCUGAACACCUGGUUUUACAGGUGAUAGGCUAAUGAUUCGAAAACCCUCUACUUACGAGGAGAAUCGGAUCCAGAGUUAAAAAAAGAAAAAAAAAAAAAAGACAGCAAGCAAGAUGAAAGCCAGUUGCUGAAAACUGUUUUUAAAAAAACAAAUGCAAACCAGAAUCUUGAAGGUAACAUUAAGGCACUCGCUGCACCAACAACUGCUUCUGCAGAGUCGCUUCCAAUAGGACCUGCUUUGUUUCACUUCUCCCCCAGAAUGACAGGAGCACAAGGAGGUUAAGCGACUUGCUCAGGGUUCCACACAGUGAGUCAGUGAACUGGGAUUGAACUGGGACCCUCCUGGUAACAAUCCCCUUUAACUGCUGGACCACCAAGCUCUUUUUGUAAAUCCAGGAGAAUCGCAAUGGGAUAACCCAAGCCUUGAAAGACAUCACCAGUGAUCUACGUGCAAACCUGACCAGAGAGAGUAUGCCUAGACAUUUACAGGCAGCUAAAAUAGAUUCCAGAUUGGCAAUUGGGAGUCAUUUUGACGGAUGGAAAGUUAUGACGAAAAUAGUUAAGCUGUAUACUGGAGCGAUACAGCAGGAUCUCGUGCAGAAAUCUGUGCAAAGCUGUGUUCGGACUAGGAUACUGUCAGGCAGCUAUUGUAGAGUUUGAAUCCUGAAGAAAACUCUUAGAAAACUGAACAAGGAACUGCUGCAGAAAUCUGUAGGCAAACCUUUUAGAAGUGGGAAAGAACAUGUCAACGCCAAAGUCUCUUUUUCUCAGCUGAGACAAAGGCACGCUGGCGCUUGUGACUUGUUUCGUGGGGGAUACAUAAGCCUGCAAAAUAAAACGAAUGCAGAUUGUACCUCUGUUCUUGUUUGUCACAGGCUCUUUGUUUUGAAUUGAAGGCUGUUUUCUGCAGUUUUAUGAAUGUUGUUUUUAAAAAUGUAGGCAGUUCCAAAUUGUUAGGCAUUCUUUUUAGGUCAUUUUAAAACGUUACUUCUCUGAAUACCACCAGCUUUUAACUCUGUUAUAAUCGUGCUGGUAUUUUUAGAAGUUGACAGUAGAGACAACAGGUUCAGGCAUUUGAAUUCGUGGUUGCAUUUGGUUGAGCACAUUUUGAGACAGUGGUGUGAUCUCAAAACUACACAUAAAAUGAGGCCAGUCUAUUUUUUAUUUUGAAGGCAGCUGGAGGAUUUUUUUUUGGCGUCUUCCAAAAAGUUUUUCAUAAAAAAAUUAAAUAAAAUGAUCCAGUCAGUUUGGCAUGUUUUAAUAUACAAAGGAUGCAUACAAUAAUUUUAAAACCAAGCUGCUUUAUUGAUUCAGUUCAGUACUAAACUACCGGACCGCAUCUUCAGGGAUGUGAAUAAAGACUCCUUGCACAGUAGUUUGAUCCAUUCCAGGAUUAAGUUUAUGAAGACACACCUGAGCUUGUUGCCUAGACACACUGUGGCUGCUCAAGCUGGUAGUAAAACCUGGAAUGGGUGACACUGCUGUGCAACAGGAGUCUUAUUCCCCUCCCUGCUCUCCUACCUUUUAUUAACUAUGGCCAGUUUGGUUUGAAAAAUCAAAGCCUUUUAUAGACAGUGACUUUCUUAUUUUUGUAGCGUCGCUAAAUAAGACCGUCCUGAUGCAAACGAUCAAAGACUUGACCAUGAAUCCUGGCCCGCCCCAGGGUUUCUGCAGAGGUGUGUUGUAAAUACUUGUGUCUUCUGUUUUAACUGUGUUACAGCAUUUCAUUAUUUAAAUGGGGAAAGGUUGGGUGCAAUGUUUUCCAUGAAUAAAAGACGUGGAAUUGAAAAA